AGAGAGAGAGAGAGAGAGAGAGAGAGAGAGAGAGAGAGAGAGAGAGAGAGAGAGAGAACCAGCAGCUUACCGGAUUCUCCGUUUAAUUCGGAUCGCUCCACCACCCCUCGCCACUGUGAACGUCCCCGACGCAGCGUGCCGACCCGGGCCUGUCUCUCCCGCGAUCGGAUGGUCUCAUGCGGUCUCGUUGGAAAACAAGAGGAAGAUGUUCACGAGCGAGCGGGGGCCUCGGAGCUAGAUGCGGCGCAGGGGGCCGGCCUCCUCAUUAACCUUCUGUCUCCCACCGCUGGCUCUGGGGUUGGCGUGAGGUGUCCCGCGCCCGGGUCAGAGCUACAAAGACGCACCACCCACCGCUCUCGAUACCGUAACAUCUGCCCAGAGGGAUAAAUGAGAGGACCGGCCGGAGAACGACGGGCGGCAGCGGGCACGCGAUCCCCAACAGAAUGUCCUGGUUUAGUGGCUUCCUAGUCGCCAGAGUGGACGACCGCAAGACCGCGUGGGGGGAGCGCAAUGGCAAGAAGUCCAAGCGGAAGGGCGGCUCAUCCCUCUGCAACCCCCGCUACAUGAGCUGCCUGCGGGACCCAGACGCCAUGGACCCCCCCUCCGGCGCCCCCCUCCCCCAGCAGCCCCGCGGCGGCGGGGGCGUCGCCGGGGCGAUGGGCGGCGGGGGCAACUUCGGCCACCGCUGCGGCUGGCAGGAGGACCACUACGGCAAAAGGGGCGGGGCCGCCGGCGAGGGCGUGGGCCUCAAGUCAGUCGACCUGGGCUUCGAGGACGGCGAGCGGAAGGGGGGCCGCAAGGGCGGCUGCAACGGCGGCAGCGGGGAGGUGGGGGACGAGGGCGGGGCCGGCGGCGGCGGCGGCGGCGGGGUGGUGAGCGCGGCCGACUGCUGGCUGCGCGUGAUGCGCGUGUUCCAGUCCAAGAAGUUUCAGUCGCGCAAGCUGGAGCGGCUGUACCAGCGCUACUUCUUCCGGCUGAACCAGAGCUCGCUGACCAUGCUGAUGGGCGUGCUGGUGAUCGUGUGCGGCGUGAUGCUGACCUUCCACUGUGUGCACCUGGCGCCGCGCGCCGCGCCCCAUGUGGCCUACGCCUCGGUGCUGUCCGUCGCCAUGGCGCUGUUCCUGGCGCUCAUGGUGGUGUGCAACCGCAACGGCUUCCACCAGGACUACAUGUGGAUGGUGAACUACCUGGUGAUCGGCGUGCUGGUGUCGGUGCAGGUGCUGGGCGUGCUGACGGUGGCGCCGCGCAGCGCCUCCGAGGGCAUCUGGUGGUCCGUGUUCUUCAUCUACAUCAUCUACACGCUGCUGCCCGUGCGCAUGCGGGCGGCCGUGCUCAGCGGGGCGCUGCUGUCCGUCAUCCACGUGGUCACCACCUGGCAACUGAACCACGAGGACGCCUUCCUCUGGAAGCAGGUGAGCGCCAACGUGCUGAUAUUCCUGUGCACUAACAUCAUCGGCAUCUGCACCCACUACCCGGCCGAGAUGUCCCAGAGACAGGCCUUCCAGGAGACGCGCGGCUACAUCCAGGCAAGGCUACACCUGCAGAGGGAGAACCAACAGCAGGAACGCCUGUUGCUCUCUGUGUUGCCGAGGCACGUUGCCAUGGAGAUGAAGGCGGACAUCAAUGCCAAGAAGGAAGACAUGAUGUUCCAUAAGAUCUAUAUCCAGAAACAUGACAACGUCAGCAUUCUGUUUGCGGACAUCGAGGGCUUCACCAGUCUGGCGUCCCAGUGCACCGCCCAGGAGCUGGUCAUGACCCUCAACGAGCUCUUUGCCCGCUUCGACAAGCUGGCGUCGGAAAACCACUGCCUGCGUAUCAAGAUUCUGGGGGACUGUUAUUACUGUGUGUCCGGCCUGCCAGAGCCCCGCGCCGACCACGCCCACUGCUGUGUGGAAAUGGGCGUCGACAUGAUAGAGGCUAUCUCGCUGGUGCGAGAGGUCACGGGGGUCAACGUGAACAUGCGCGUGGGCAUCCACAGUGGGCGGGUGCACUGCGGCGUGCUGGGACUCAGGAAGUGGCAGUUUGACGUCUGGUCCAAUGAUGUCACGCUGGCCAACCACAUGGAGGCCGGGGGCAAGGCAGGUCGCAUCCACAUCACCAAAGCCACGCUGCAGUAUUUGAACGGCGACUAUGAGGUGGAGCCGGGCUUCGGAGGGGAGAGGAACGCCUACCUGAAGGACAACAGCAUCGAGACCUUCCUGGUGCUGGGCUGCAGUGAGAAGCGGAAAGAGGAGAAGGCGACGAUGGCGAAGAUGCAGCGAACCAGGACCAACUCCAACGAAGGCCUGAUGCCUCGCUGGGUCCCCGACAGAACCUUCACCAGGACCAAGGACUCCAAGGUCUUCAGGCAGAUGGGGAUCGAUGAGAGCUCCAGUAAAGACAACCGCUGCGUGCAGGAGGCGAUGAACCCGGAGGACGAGGUGGACGAGUUCCUGGGCCGGGCCAUCGACGCCCGCAGCAUCGACCAGCUGAGGAAGGACCACGUGAAGAAGUUCCUCCUCACAUUCCAGACGUCCAGCCUGGAGAAGAAGUACUCCAAGAAGGUGGACGAUCGCUUCGGGGGCUACGUCGCCUGCACCGUGCUCGUGUUCUGCUUCAUAACCUUCAUACAGAUUGUCAUCUUUCCCCACACCCCGGUCAUGCUGGGAAUCUACAUCACUAUCUUCAUCAUCCUCGCCAACAUCCUCUUCAUCUGUGCCAUAUACUCUUGCAUUAAGCUCUUUCCGGCUGCGAUGCAAACGGUCUCAAAGAAGAUAGUGCAGUCUCGCACCAACAGCACUCUGGUCGGGGUGUUCACCAUCAUCCUCGUCUUCAUCUCGGCCUUCGUCAAUAUGUUCGCCUGCGACACCACGGGGCUGGCGGAGUGUGUCGCCGAGAAGUUGAACACUUCUGCUGCCAUGGUGACACCGUGUCUGAUUCGGAGUCUGAACGUGUCCCUGGAGGGCGGGCUGGAGGUCUGCCCCAGCAGAGGCCCCUCCUGUCCCUUUCCUGAGUAUUUCAGCUACAGUGUUCUGCUCACCCUGCUGGCCUGCUCAGUCUUCCUGCAGAUCAGCAGCAUCGGCAAGCUGGCCCUGAUGCUGCUGAUCCAGUUCACCUUCCUGCUGCUGGUGGAGUGGCCACAGAGGGCGCUGUACGACAACGCCGACCUCUUCGUCACCUCUAACGCCCUUGAUUUCAACGCAACAACUUCAUCAUGGUCCAGUUAUAAUGAAACCUCGGACCAGUGCCCGUUCAUUGUGACCAAAGUGUCCCUGAGGGUCAUGACGCCGGUGAUCCUCACGGUGUUUGUCCUGGCGCUGUACCUGCACGCCCAGCAGGUGGAGUCCACCGCUCGCCUCGACUUCCUCUGGAAGCUACAGGCCACGGAGGAGAAGGAGGAGAUGGAAGAGCUGCAGGCCUACAACCGCCGCCUCCUCCACAACAUUCUGCCCAAGGACGUGGCGGCCCACUUCCUGGCGCGCGAGCGGCGCAACGACGAGCUGUACUACCAGUCGUGCGAGUGCGUGGCCGUCAUGUUCGCCUCCAUCAGCAACUUCUCCGAGUUCUACGUGGAGCUGGAGGCCAAUAACGAGGGAGUGGAGUGCCUCCGCCUGCUCAACGAGAUCAUCGCCGACUUUGACGAGAUCAUCAGUGAGGAGAGGUUCAGGCAGCUGGAGAAGAUCAAGACCAUCGGCUCCACCUACAUGGCCGCCUCGGGCCUCAACGACUCCACCUACGACAGGGAGGGCCGCUCCCACAUCCUCGCCCUGGCCGACUACUCCAUGAGGCUGAGGGAGCAGAUGAAGUACAUCAACGAGCAUUCCUUCAACAACUUCCAGAUGAAGAUCGGUCUUAACAUUGGACCAGUAGUGGCAGGAGUUAUCGGGGCACGAAAGCCACAGUACGACAUUUGGGGAAACACAGUGAAUGUGGCCAGUCGAAUGGACAGCACAGGGGUACCUGAUUGCAUACAGGUGACGGCAGAUCUCCACCAAGUGCUGGCAGAUAGAGGCUAUGUGCUGGAGCAUCGCGGUGUGGUGAAGGUCAAAGGGAAAGGGGAGAUGACCACCUACUUCUUGAAGGACGGCCCUCCUAACAGUUAGCAGCCGUGGCGGCAGUGCUCGGGAAUGUUUUUCAUUUCCGCUGCGAGUUGCACGGGACACCUGGGAGAGGACUCGCUGAGUGGGCUGAUGGCUAAUAACUAGCGCUGCCAUCACUUGAAUUCAAUGCAAAGAUUUGAAAAGACUUUGAGCUUUUGGGACUUUGGAAAACACUAGUUCUCAAGGAGACGAAUCUGUUGGUCGUUCGUAAGCCAUUUUGGCCCACAUAAGUAUAGAAGGACUAAUGUUAUUUUUUUCAUGUCUAGCCUCUCACUCAGGCUUCUUGAAAGAUGCAAAGUCUGUUUAUUUAAAUCUACGCCUUUUAGCCUGUGUCAAAGAAAACAAACGCUGUACAUAAGGCUACAAUUUAUUUUACUUUGUUUCGUGCGUGUUUUUGGGGUCGUUUUCUUUUCAAGACUUAUGAACAGGUACUCAAGGUUUAUUUUCAGAUAACUUAUUUAUUUCAGUCUUCACGUCUUGUGCAGAAGAACCGGAAUAUAAAAACAUGGAUACGUACCUGCACAAAUAUCCAUUCUAUUACACGUUUAUAAGUGUAUGCACAUGCAUAUUUGUGUGUGUAUGAAUAUAUGAAUUCAUUGAGAUAGAACAUAUUGACCAAAGACUAAAGUAAUUACUAGGAAAGACAUCUCUGUUUUGUUUCUGCAAAAAUCAACAGUGAUUUCCAACUAUGUUGCUAGGCAGUCUACAUAACCUCAGUAAUUUCCCCCCAAAUGCAGCCAAUGACUGCUUAUUUAUUUUCACAAAUAUAUAAAAUGCUUUAUUUAUCAUUUCUCAUUAAGUUAGCUAAGAGAGAAUUGGGUGCCAUCUUCUAUUGCUAGAGGAUGAUGCUGCCCCCAACUUAUAGACAUGUGAGGAAGAGAAGCGAAUUUGAGCUUUGAUCGCAACCAUCUAAGAAUCAGAAGUAGGUCUGCCUAGGAUUACGCUCUCCCUGAUCCUCAUCCCAGGUCAGACUGGUUCCUUAACGUUUGAGCAGCCAGUAGACAGGUGGUGUUCAGCCAUAAGAGUGCAAUGUCAAUAAAUGUCCCGUUUUACAAUUAUUUAGCUUUUUGGGGCAGAUGGAAGGAAUUUAAAAAAGGACAUGGAUCACCAGGUUGUUCCACAGCCAUCAGGGGAAAAAGGUUUCAGUGGUAUCAUCUUGGAUUUUCUAUGAAAAAAGAGGAUGUUGUUUAAAGACAAGGAAACAUACGACAUGUACAUUAUGACUGAAUACUGUGCUUGGAAGGGGCAUAACUAUUUUCACUGUGAGGUUUUUAUGAUACAACUAAACUGCUCUCUUGCCAAACUGAACUGCUCUGAAGCAUGUCUGAUUGUGGGUUCUUGUUUUCCUUUUUUUUUUUUAAUGUUGGGUAUCUUCUAUCACCUCUGUAUCCAUCAUUUCUAUAUUCUUAAUGUUAUUAUUAUAAUGAUUCCAAAUUAUAAUAACUAUUAUUAUUAUUAUGAUUAUGCUUAUUAGGAUUCCAUUCCAGUGAACGAGGAUCAAAGACCAGCAGGCUUUCUUGUGUGGACAAGCGUCGAUCAUAAAGAGCGUAUGCUUACUGGUACCAAGUGAUCAACUGUUCCCUUUGGAUUCUGCUGGCUCCUAACGAACAGCGCAGUAUUUCAACAGACCACGCAGAUAUGAGGGUGCCGCGGAAGAAACACGAGCAUUAUAUGCUCACCCGACGACACAGCAGUCAACACAGAUGCAUGUGAUUCACUGUACCUUUUUAUUUUCAUUUCUAACACUUUUUGCAGUAUUGUAUUCUCCGUCAGGCGUAAAGUUGACCUCUCCCUCCCAUGCCUUAAACCUUGUAUAAUUAAUUAGCGUUUCCAAAUGGCAGUACAUGACCACACAUGCAGUAUUUAUGUAGAGAGAGGCAGACAUGUCGAAAUAACAUAUAUAACAUAGAUAUAACUCAUUUAUGUUUGUCCCCAAAUUUGUCUUUCAGGGAAACUUGAAAAAAAUCACAAAACAUAUUGCUAAGUUGUAUUGCCUUAAGUUAAUAUCAAAACCAAUUGUAGGAGAACACUGAACAGCAACUGUGCCUGCAUAGCCUAUAUGUACUUCUGGUAUAUGGAGAGAACAAGUUUGUCCAAAUAAUCUUUCAGUAAAUAUUCUCAUGAGAAUAAUAAUAAUAAUAACGUAGUCUUAUUGGUUGGAGGCAUUUUAAAAUAAUAAUAAUAAAAAACAUUAUCGGGUCAUUCUUACUUUUCGAGAAGUCACCCAGAAAUUGCUCUUCCACCUGUUUUAAACUGGUAACCAACAGUUGAUCAUGUUUGGACCAAAGCCAGCUCAUGCAGCCCUGUACUGUAAGGCCCUUCUGUGCAAUGAUAGUCGGCCUUUUGGACACGUUGAGGGGAUACCGGGAGACAUUUGGAGUAUGGUGGUAACAAAACACCAAGUGUGCUGUGACCAACGAACAGAGAUUUAUAUGGGGCAAACAGAUUUAUAAAGCGGACUUGGGUUUCUUGAAAUGUGCAUUGUAUGUAUUCUAUUUCUAUUGGCUGUUCAUAGACUUGUGUUGAUUGUUAACUCUUGGGAUGUCUUGGGGAGGAAGGUAGGGGACGGUGGCUGAAGGUCCAUUCUACUGAAAACAGUGUUUUUGCUCAGGCCUAAUAAAUCCUUCCGUAUU